AUGGCAAGUUGGUUUCCAUCUAUUUUAACAGGCCAAACUCAAGACCGACCUCAAGUUCCUCCUAUCCCACCUAUAACAGCAUUGCAACAACAAAGGCAGAAGCAAAUUGACUCUUUAUUUCAGUAUAAUUACAACGUAACCGAAACCGUUAAAUCACAAGAAUUUCGAAUCGUUGCCUCAUCUACUAACAAUGCGACGUAUUACCUGAAUAUAAACCUUCCACCGCAGUUUCCUGAUGAAAAACCGAUACUUUCUGUUUACCCUUCAUGCCGACAUCCUUGGAUCAAUGAACAGAUGAUAGUUACUGGAUGCCCUGCUAUUAAUGGGUUUAUGGUUCAUUCUUGCCUUGGUUUGGCUGUACAACAGGUUGUUAAAGAAUUUCAAGAACGACCUCCGCAAUUAUAUCAGCAGACUCAUCAAAGUCAAAGAAAUUACAAUAGUUACCCUUCUCCUCCCUCUAUACCUGAUAAUAAUAUGAAUAUGCCUCGCGCUAUCAACGUCAAUGAUGGAGAUGUUCCUUAUAAUCCGCCCAUGUUGUUUAAAAACAAUACAUAUAACAAGCCAGAGGUGCAAACUAAAUUUCCUAAAUUGCGAUCCUAUAGUACAUCUGAAUUAAAAGAAUUACGAGGCAACCAUGAAGCAAUAGAGAAGUUUAUCCAAAAUCUGGAUGAGGUACAUAUGAUCAAGGAAGAUCGAGAACAAAUUUUGAAUCGUUGUGAAGACAUUGCUCGAAUGAACCUAGCGAAAGCACCAGAAUUGGAAAAUCGUAGACAGAGCCUUCUUGAAUUGUACAUUACCAGAGAAGAAUAUCAAAAAGGUCUUGAUAAGGCUUUCGAAAUCCAAAGAGAACAUUUACGGGAUUAUUCUGUCGAUGCUAUUUAUACUAAUUUACGAGUUGCAACAGCCGACGCUGAUGAAAAGUCGGAGGAUCUUGCAGAAAAGUUCCUUGAUAGUAAGUCAUUACUUAUAUUUCAUAAUAUAUUAUGCAUAAACGAGCGUAUUAUUGAAGUCCACCUUGUUAUCGUAUCUUCAGGAAAGCUAUAUGAGAACUACCUUAUGUUGCAACAUGCAUGGUCAUUGGUUAUGAAUUGUUUCUGUAGCGAUUGUAAUCAACGGUUUCCGUAUUCGCGUUAA